AUGGCACCCGGAACAUUUUGCGACACUGAUGAACCCAAAAAAAUGGACGACUACGAAUCUGGCCCGCGACGAGCUACUGGAGGAAUACAAUAUGGAGGAUACUUCAAUGAGAGACAGAAUCAAGGCCUUAUUGCUCGUGGCUCGCCAAUUUAUGAGCACCUGCUUGGAAGAAUUGUCGAUGGAAUUUGUGACAUCGAUUUUCGAGGAAAUGAUCGAUACAUCAGCGACGUUAUUGUCCCCCGUGGACCUAACGGAGUUGAUGAAGUUACUGCAGGGUUACAAAAUAUGUUGCGACAGUACCCACCAAAGCUCCCAGUCAUCGUCACAGCCCAUGGCGACCAUGUCCAUUGA